CCCAUUUCCAGCUGUACAAAGCUGACACCCCUUGUCAAUUCUAUAAAGCACGUUACCCUCGGUAUGUGAGGAGCAUAUGUUCAAGCAUAUCAGCGGGCUAAGUGUCGUGUAGGUCUCAUUUUCCAGCUGUACAAAGCUGACACCCCUUGGUUUAGAAUACGUGAAUUACCACUUAAUUACUACAACGACAUAUGUCAAUAUGGUUCGCAAUUUUGUUCACAUUACACUGUAUAUUAUGUUGCUACCAACAACGUUUUGCUUCGUGCAAAGCAACUCGCUGCCAACCCUUGAUUGUUGCGCGCCCGUAGUGCGUAGCAGUACUGAAGAGACAGCAUGGAUUCGUGAGCAGGUCAUGUUCUGGUUAGGCGACCUUUAUCCCCUUGCUGUUAGACACCGAUGGAGCCUAAUCAGAUUGCAUAUGCUGAAAAAUAGCAGGCCAAGCAUUAUAUUCGCUGCAGGAGACACAUCAAUAGCAGCUGUUCAAAAGCGUUACGGCAAAAUUCAACCUGCGGAUCCUUGGAGAGCGAUGUGCGUGUUGUGCGAUUUCACCAGGCACGCACCACCAAGUUAUUUUGACGAACAACAUGGAUUUCCUAUCAAUUUUGACCAUGGGGCUGCAGCUCAGGAAGUGUCCAUUAGUUUUGCAAGGCUAUACAGUCCUGGCAGUGAAUACGCGGUUCUGUGGCCGUAUUAUCCUCAAGAGAUUCUGUCAAGACAGGGCCUUCUUGAUGAGAAAAGUUUUAUCGCUAAAAGCAGUGAGGUGUACAUAUCUCAAGGAUCUUUUGCGCGAUGGUCGAAUGAAUCAUGGGCUCGUCGUCUUACAGAUAUCGGUGACGUUUUAGAUGCACGUUACGUUGUUUUUGACGAUGGAAGUAGCCCCGAGUCAUUGUUUCCUGUCACUCUGGCAAGUCAUGCAGUAGCAAUUCAUACCUUUCCUUUUCGUCAACGGGCCUGGUAUUAUAAUGGCUUACUGCCUUGGGUGCAUUUUAUUCCACUCCUACCAGAUGCAUCCGAUUUACCAGAGACUUUGCAAUGGUGCCAGAAGUUCCUUUCGGUUUGUCAGCGAGUAUCUUCGCGUGGUCGUGAACACAUGGUGCGCAUGCUUGAUGCUACGAAUCUAACCGCUGUCAAGUCCGCCGUCGCGAAGCUCUGGAACUUGAGGAUGUAACUUGUCAAUGUCGCCUAAAAGCGCAACACCCGUACUUAUAACUAUACAAACUGCCAGUCUCAGGAGGUGUGGGGGGUGCCGGUGAGGGUACGCUGCGAGGAGGUGGCGGGCGCUCUUUCGAACCGCACCCCUACGCUCAGGGGGUGUAGGGGAGUUACGCCCAGUACUAGCCUGCAUAUCAUCCCAGUCGUAGCUGGCAUCUUCACUGACGUAGCUGGCAUCUUCGAUAGCGUCAUCUAGGGUUUUGGGUCGUAGGAGAUGCACGUUGCGGUAGGUGCGGGGGUGAAAUCCACCUAGGUAGUGGUACAUGUUGUUGUGUGUGGUUACAAGGUGGUGAGCACGACGUGCAUUCCUGUCCUUGUAGAAACCUAGGCCCGGGCCGGGGGGCCCUUAUAACGCCUGCAACACUUAUAUAUGCAGCUAGUUUGGUCCCCGAAUGGGGGUGCUUAUGCUCCUGUGCUCCCAAAUGGAAUCUAGUAACGCGGCUAACCUGGCUGGGUCCGCAUUCUGCAUGACGGCCUGCAUUCCGCCUGUAAAAUCGAUCUCGC